UCCAAAAUGUCUGCACCCUGUUGAGGCCAGUGUAUUUAUUUUAUUGAUAUUAAUGCUGAUUUUCGAGAUUUACAGCAUAUUUGAGAAUUGAACUUCAGGCGCAAGCGAUGAAGAUGUGUUUUGCUAAGUUUUGGGCAACGCUGGUCGUAUGUAGCUCAUUAAUAUUGUCACAAAACGUUGGUUCCGUGAAACAACCACCGAAAUGUCCUUGUGCAGACGAAUCUUUAUGUCAGGCUCCAAUUGGACCUGAUCCAAACAGAAAAGAGGUAUUUAUCUUUGCCUUGUCAUCACAUAACUGGAAGCUUUAUGACUGGAGCAAAAUAACAACUGUCGUCAUGGUUGGUUUUUAUGAUGCACAGCUGAUGUGCCAUGCACAUAAGAAUAAUGCAAGAGCAGUGAAAAUCUCAAAUUUUCCACUCCAAAAUUUAACUGAAGAGCAUGAUAUUUCCAAAUGGGUGUCUCAGGAAUGGGAGUAUGUACAUGACCACUUUUUGGAUGGCAUAAACAUAGAUUUUGAGGAUCCUAUCCCCAAAGACAAUACGACAGUGCGGUUUGGUCUGAGGAUUGUAGUUGGACUCAGCUAUGUUUUAUUCAAAGAAGCCAAUAGUAGCUAUCAGGUCACUUUUGACAUAGCAUGGUCCCCUGACUGCAUUGAUGGAAGAUGUUAUGACACAGUUCCUAUGGCCAAUCUCACUGACUUCCUCUUUGUCAUGGCAUAUGAUGAACAAAGUCAAAUAUUUGGACCUGAUUGUGUGGCUGGACCAAAUUCAGGUUUACAAAAGACAAGUAGCGGAUUAAAAAGGUUCUUAGACUUGGGUAUUGACCCAAGUAAACUGGUAUUAGGGGUACCAUGGUAUGGUUAUAAGUACCCUUGUGUCAAAAGGUCACAAAAGAGUAAUCGAACCACCUGUUAUAUCAAACAUGUGCCUUUUCGAGGGGUGAACUGCAGUGAUGCAGCUGGGUCCCAGAUUAAUUACAAGGAGAUCAUAGAAAAUUAUCUUCCAGCUUCAAAAUCAGGAAGACAGUGGGAUGACAUUGCAAAGUCUCCAUUUUUCGAUUAUCAGGAUCCUGCUACCAAAAAAUGGUCCCAAUUCUGGUAUGAUGAUCCUGAGAGCCUGACAUACAAGUACAAAUAUGCCCAGAGCCUUGGUCUAAGAGGGGUUGGAAUGUGGAACGCUGAUACUUUGGAUUAUUCUGACACUGCAGAAGGGAAGAAACAGAGAGAUCAAAUGUGGGGUGCCCUUCCAAGUUACAAGAAACUAAAUGAGAAAAAGAAGACUUUGAUUCACUGAAUUUAUCUGAUAUGAUUUGCAACUGGCAAAGGCAACAUUGUAUCACAUACAAGACCAUUGUCAGAACCAAGUGUUUUUCAGCUGAAUUGAUAUUGUACCAUGUGAUAACUCCUGCUAACAUUUGUAUACCAGUAGAAAUUUUACCAAUCCUGCAGAAAAGCAUACAAGAUUUGAAAUUUCUUUCAAGUGCACAUGCAGAAAUAUAUAGUAAUUUUAUUUUAUUCAUUGUUUCUACAUAUACGCAUACAGGAGUUUUGUUUUUUGUACAAGUUUAUAAUAGAGGGAGAAAUCCUAUCCGUAUUGAACAUGUUCUGGUAUUUAUAUUAAUAUAUAUAUUUCAAUAUCAUUUUGUCAAUUUUAUUUGUAGAAUCUUUGAAAUCAUCCAUGUAAACUGAUUGUGGCAAAGGAUCAUAAAUGGAUCAAUAAAUUAUUACCAUGACCAUAAAUAUAUCUUUUUGAGAUGAUCAGGAAAAUAUGUUUAAACACCGUUUUGUAUGAAUGGUCGAGGUAAAAUUUUCAUUGGAUAUUAUGGAAAAAAAUUGAUCAGAAUCCCUCUAUUGGAAUAAUUUUCCACCAAGCCUUAAAGUUUUCUCAAGUUAAAUUUACAUUCCAAUAAAUUUCACAUUAAAUGUAUGCUCAAGUGUAUGAUUAUAAUAGUUGAAUGAGAUUUAUAUACUCAGUAGUACAUCAGCUGCGACAGUGUGCUAACUGAAAAGACUAGAAUCUAAAUUUUGAUUUUCUACUUUGUUUACAAAAUUAUAAGAUGAAAGUCUGAAAAAAAAAUACAUCCAAGUUAAAUACUUGCAUUAAGUGACAUUUUCCUUUUCGAUUUUGUGCAAAGAACAAUGCAAGCAAAAUGUUGGUUGCCAGUUACUUUGCCAAUGAAACAAGACAUCUGAAAAACACUGAUAAGAAUCACGUAGGUGAAGGAUAAUUGCAGUCCCUUUCUAUACCAUUUACGUGACAAUAAAUGAACCAGUGGCAUAUUUAGACUGCUUAUCACCACAAAUAACUUCAGUGAUUACUGAUUGAUAAAAAAUGUGACUGUCACUGUUUCAUUUACUGAUACUUUCUUCAUUUGUUGCUAGGACAACUACGACACAGUAUUGAUUUUAAGUUCCCAGGAAAGUAAAAAAAAAAAGGGAAAAUAAUUUUGUUAGGUAUUACAGCUGUUUAUUGUUUUAUGCCUCAGAAUACCACAUUACAAUGUAUACUUAACAUUCCAUUUAAUACCCUAAUAAAUUACAUGAAUUAUCAA